AAAGCAAAAAAAAAAUUUUAUCACGUAUUUUUUUUUUCUUUUAAUGAAAAAUGUUUCCAUUAAAGAUAUUCUUGUUGUUAAUAAAAUUAAUAUAUGAAAUUCGCUCGGAAGAUGCGCUUCUUGAAGCUGUAUUUUGGGAACAAGUGCCUUUCAUAUUUACUAACUCUGACGGAAAUAUUGACGGCAUCAUACCGAAAAUGUUUAACGAAGGAGAAUACUAUUGUCUUAAUGAAACAAAUAAAAAGUUAAUUUCAUUUAAAACAUCUCUUUCCACGAGAGACGAAUUUCAAAAUCUGUUACACUCAGAUAGCAAUGGAGAAAAAUAUGGAAUGCUAGAAAUUACAAAUGAAAAAGCAAUCUGGUUUCCAGAUGAUCUAUACAACGCCACAAAUAAAAGGCGGGAAAAUAACAAAGGCUUACGAUCGUUCCAAAUAAUGAAAUCAGAAGGUCUUGCUGUCAUUAUGCUCCGUGAUAAAAUAUCUCUACCUUCAAAAAUGAUGCGUGGUAUUUAUUCCUGUCGCCAGAUUCUAGUUUUGACCUUGAUGCUUGCAUUGCUUUUUGGAAUUGUUAUCUGGUUUAUUGAAUGCACUUACAAUAAGGAGUUUUCAUUAUUUUUUGUUAAGGGAGCAGCAACAGGACUUUGGUGGAGUGUGGUUUCUAUGACUACCGUUGGAUAUGGGGAUAUUGUGCCAAAAUCUAUUCCGGGCAAAGUUAUAGCCUGCAUUUGGUUAUUUAUUGGAGUAGUUAUUGCUUGCCUCAUGACAGCAACAGUUAGCGAAGUUAUCAAUGGUUUGGAGGGUCUAGAUAUAUAUAAACAGAAAGUCUCCGUGCUUGAUAACUCAUACGAGCUUAAAGCUGCUAAAGAAAUGUAUGACGCUGAUGUAGUGCCCGUAAAAACAUACGAAGAAGCUUUGAAGUUAGUAAGAGAAGAAAAGGUUUUUGCAGCUCUCAUGAACGUCGACGUUGCGGCGUGGAGGCAAAAUGAGAUAAUUGACGAUAGUAAUGAGUUCCCCUUACGUAUCGUUAACGUAGUUAAAGCGCAUUUAUACAUUAACUUUCUUAUCUCUAGAAGUUUGUCUAAAUCUGCUCGAAAGGUAUUCAACUGCAUGAAUGAACAAAAAGACGAAGUUUACACCAGAUCAAUCGAAUAUUUUCAACGAAUUUGCAAUACAGAAACUUUGUAUGUUGAUUCAAUUACCGAAAUGUUUCAGAAGAGCACACUGUAUCAACUUAUUUUAGGAUUUUUAGUUGUUCUUAUAUGCUUGGGAUUCGGCUUUGAGUUGUUUAUGCGACGAAAGAAUCGUAAUAAAAAAGAAGAAAACUUUGAUCAACUUUAAAGUAUUUUUUUAUGUUAGCAACUGUUGACUAAUAGUUUUAAAUGCAAUUAUUUAUUUUAUGAAUGGAAUAUUUUACCCCUAUUAACAUGAAACAAAUUAAUGGAGUAAUUUAACAUUGUUAACAUGAAAUAAUUUAUCAUUUUAAAGAA